AUGGAGAAUAGCACGAGUAAGCAGAUGGGAGGAGGAUCGCUGCCGAAAACGCCGAAGCAGAAGCAGGAGAAGACGACGGGCGAGAAGGAUCGCGAGAAGGACGAGAAGGCGCGCAUGCACAACAAGAAGAUGCAGGAGAGGGAUCUGCCGCGCUACAAGCACAAGGAGGCGUUCGUCGAGACCACGAAGGCCGUCUACGAGGUACGUGGCGAAGCGUGGUCCCGGAGGAUCCUGAUCGAUUGCAGAUCCACUCGGAACUCGGGCAGGGCUCUUUCGGCGCCGUCUACCUCGUCUCCCGCCGCAGCGACCAUAAACAGUUCGCGAUGAAGUGCGAGUCGGUGAACAUGAAACGCUCGAUUCUGCCGCACGAGGCAAGCGUCCUUCUCGCCCUCGGACUCCUCAAAUCGCCGCACUUCGUGGACAUGAUCGACCACGGACUCGUGCCCAACCGCUUCCUUUUCGUCGUUCUCAAGCUCGUCGGCUUGAACCUGUGGGACCUUCGGAUGCGGAUCCCCGACCGCAAGUACUCGAUGGGCACGACGGUGCGCAUCGGCGAGCAGACACUCGCCGCACUUCGAGACAUGCAUCGCGUCGGCGUUCUGCACAGAGACAUCAAGCCGCCGAAUUUUGCGUGUGGGCGGGAAGAAGACGACACUCUCCACACGAUCUUCGUCCUGGACUUUGGCCUGUGCCGGAAGAUCGCCAAGAAGGGGCAGGAUCUGAGACAACCGAGGAAGGAGUGCGCGUUCCGCGGCACCACCAGAUACGCGUCGAUGGCCGCGCAUGACAAUGUGAGGGACUGGGAAAAGUUGGGCCGCGCCAGGAGUUGGCUUUUCAGAAGGAGCAGUCGCGGAAGGACGAUCUCGAGUCGUGGUGGUACAUGAUUUGCGAGAUGAUGGUUUUUGACAUUCCGUGGAAGCAGUGCCGCGGCGUCGACAGAGACAACGUCAAGAAGAGCAAGAUGAAGUUGCGCGAGGACGAGACGUACUUCAAAUUCGUGAGAUUACUCCCUUGCCCCUGUCGCUUCUGAUGUUCCCCUCCCUUGGUUUCAGCUAUUCCGCAAGGCCGGCUACGAACAGAUGAGCGCCAUCCUGUUCUACCUGGACAAGCUGGAGUACACGAGCAUUCCCGACUACGACUACAUCUACCAUCAGCUGCAGAACGUCGCGUUUGUCAAUUCGAUCGCGCCGAAGACGCCGUUGGAUUGGGAUCCAAAGAAAGAGUAUCGGGGACCGGUGUACAAGGAGAAUCAGAAUUAUAUUGUGAAAGCGUUGGAAUGA